UUUCCUGGGAGAACAAAAUUUUAUAAAUUCUGCUAUUUCAUAUAUAUAAAGUUUCAAGGGCUUAGCGAACAGUUUCGCCACGAAACCAACACAGUCUCAUCCUCAUGACUGUUUUCUUGUGAGCUGCGAUGAUCGUGUGAAUCAAAUCCCUUAACUUUCCCCAAAAUUGUGAAACUUGAGUGUGACCCUUUGUUCCAUGGCGACCUCUCUUCUUCCUCGACCUUUCAUCUCGCUCCGUACAAGUAAAAGCUAUAACCUUUCCUCGAGGAUUCUCCCCCUUAGGCUAUCAUGCUCUUCUGAUGGGUCCACCGGAAACCAGCAAGUUUCUUCAAAUCCCGAGAAGAGAUCGUUCGCUGUAGCAACCGGUGAGAUGUUCAUCGGAAUCGCGUCGAGGCUUUUGAAGAGGUCCAAUCGAGAAAUUGAUGAUGGAGACAGGAUAGGAACCGUAAUCGAGGAUGAGAUUGAGCCGGCGGUGAUUUGGGAACAGAGGGUUAAGGAUGUAGAGGCGGAGAAAGAGAGGAGGGUCAUUACAAGCCCUGGGUUUAGUUUCUCCGCUGCUGGUCUUUUGUUUCCUUAUCAUCUUGGAGUUGCUCAGUUGCUUAUAGAAAAGGGUUACAUCAAGGAAAAUACUCCUUUGGCAGGAGCUUCUGCUGGUGCUAUUGUCUGUGCUACGAUAGCCUCAGGAUCCUCUAUGCAUGAAGCCCUUGAAGCUACCAAAGCUCUUGCUGAUGAUUGUCGACGCAAUGGCACUGCUUUUCGUCUUGGGGCUGUCCUCAGAGAUUCUAUGGAGAAGUUACUUCCAGAUGAUAUUCACAUUAGGUCCAAUGGCAGAGUUCGUGUUGCCAUCACGCAGGUUUUUUGGAAACCUAGAGGGUUACUAGUGGAUCAGUUUGAUUCCAAAAGUGACCUUAUAGAUGCAGUUUUUACAUCUGCCUUUAUUCCAGGAUAUCUUGCACCAAGGCCUGCAACGAUGUUCCGUAAUCGACUCUGUGUUGAUGGAGGCUUGACAUUGUUUAUGCCACCAACAGCUGCUGCUAAAACAGUUCGAGUUUGUGCUUUUUCGGCGAGUAGCUUCAAACUUAAGGGCAUUGAGAUCAGCCCAGAUUGCAACCCAUUAAACAGGGCAACAUCUAGACAACUAUUGAAUUGGGCACUGGAACCAGCAGAGGACGAAGUGUUGGAGAAGUUGUUUGAUCUGGGAUAUGCAGAUGCAGCCACAUGGGCGGAGAUGAAUCCAGUCGAGGAAUUGGUCUAUGACGAUACUCCUUCAGCUCAAACGAUUCAAGCUAGUUAGAACACAAGAACUCCAUACUCAUUUCUUUUAACCAUAUACAUAUAGUCUAUUUAUUGCACUACAAUAGAUUCUUAUAGUUUUUGCAUAAGCUUGGCUCUUGAAGUUACAGGAACUUGUAGUUCUUAGAUCAAACAAAUUCAAUGAUACAACACUUUCUGUCUU